AUGCGACCAAAGAGCGCCGAAUACAGUGGGUCGCUGAGCCCGAGGCGAGUGAUAGCUAUGGCGUCGGAGGACGAGCCUCUGAGUCGCCAGCAAACUCCAGAUUUCGACUCGUCUGCCCAAUCGCCUGGCAUCGACGCACUAGAUGACUUACACCAAGCCGAAGCAAACCGCAGCAAGCGUCGGGUUGCCACGGUCUAUGAUGCAGUUGCUGGCAGGCUCUCUCACCUCAAAGGCGCCCUGAGCAAAGGCGAGGACGACGACAAACCUGCUCCUACUACCAAGUACUCUCUUCACGAGACAAAUUAUGGGCCAGACGAGGUGCUCUUUCGACGCAAAGACGCUCCCACGCGCUACGCUGAGCACGAUGUGUACUACGCGCACGAGAGGGACCUCCCGCGUGGCGGCCGCGGCGUUUUGCCGGAGAGCGAUCUGCUCAAGGCCGUCCACGACUACUCGGGGCUUUUCUACGGGCGCAUGCGACGUCGGGGCAAUCCUGCAGCGCAGAGCUACAACGUCGACGAGGCCAGCAUGGAUGAGACAGCUCUGCUCGCGUUUGGCAUCCUGCUCGAGGAAGCUGGCCGCGACGUCCUGGGCAAGAGGGGCGAUAUGGUGUUCACAGAGGGUGUCGAGCCUGAAGAUGAGGUCGAGGACGCCGCAAACCGCAGAAACAAGCAAAUACUACCUGAUACUGUCGGACAGCUGGACGGUAUCCCACGUCAAUCUCAGGUGAAGAGGAGGACCAAGAGACGCAGAGUCGGCAAGCCGAAACAGGCCGAGCCUUGA